GUCUCAUCACAUGGUCCUUACAUGGCUAGAGAAAGCCUCUGCGCUCUCGAAACUCGAUCAGAGUAGGCGUCGGUGCGCGCGCUCCGCAGCAGAUGAACUGAGAGCACGAGACCAGCCGUGAUGCCCAGCCUGAGCCUGCAGCGGUGUGCGCCGGAGGAGAGCUGACGAGCCGCGGUUUGUCACACUACAAGUCUUCUGACGGAGGAUGGCAGGGAUGCUGCGCGCCGCAUCUCUCUCUCCGGCUCUGUGAGACAGCGCACGGUGCCCCGGACGAGCUGUACGGCAGGACCUGUGUGUGUGUGUGUGUAUGUGUGUGUCUACAGCUCAGUGGAAUGAUUUCAGAUCUCCCCAAGGUGCUGAUACUGGGGGCCAUCGCCGCCGCCUCUGCCUUUGUGGUCACCAUCCUUAUCGUCUUGGUGUGUGUGGGGUGUCAGAGAAAAAGCAAGAGCAAGCAUGGCCAAACCAACGGAGGGGCUCAGAGAAAAGAAACCGUUAGUGCAAAAAAAGCUGCUCUGCGUCAGUCCAAGCUGAACUCAAUGAGUAAAUCUGACACCCGCCUGCAUGACAUGCACAGGCUGCCCUGCAACGCCAAUGGCGCCCCCAAGAGCCGGCCGGCCAGCAUGGACCUUCUUCUCCUGCAUACCCGCCGCUCCAAUUCUGACCUCCGUCCCAGCCCAGGCCGCCAGCUGCCUCGUGUUCACAACAAAAAUGAGAAUGAGGAACGUGAGCACACCUACUCUGAAGUCUGCCGCCGCUCCUCUCCCACAUUCCUCCCUCCAGAUGACGGCCUGUACGAGAGUGUUGGGAUCAAAGGGGCGGGGCCUGAUAAAGCUGCCCCACCUGCUGCCCCAGUCUCGUCAUCAAACAACACGCCCACUCAGCGCCAUGCACACAGCCCGGUGCUCGAUGGGAACGGCCGGGGUGGAAGCAGAGGAGUCGUGAACGGCGUGAGUCAAGACGAAGUGACGGCGGAGUACGCCUCCAUACGGAAGGUGAAGAAGCUGGAGCGCGGCAGGAGGGAGGAAGUGCUGGAGGAUGGAGAAAGAGAGCACCAGAGCAUGUCCAGCAGCGAGUCCUCCAGCAGCACCUUGCCUAGGAAAACAGUGGAACCGUUCCACCUACCCAAUUUCCCAAAGGAGGCGGUCUUCAUGGGCAACGGAGAGCAGUACAUUUGGAAACCACCAGAAGAGGACGAGAUGAUGGUGCCAGGGGCUCCUCAGCUGGAGAACGGACACAGCCAUCCCACCGCCGUGGAGAUCUCUGACAUGUACUCUACCGUUUGUAAGACCCUGAAGAGGAAACACCAGCAGGGUCAAAGCCAGGAGGACAGCAGGCCGGUGGCCUCUGGUGUGUCCCAAGCGAUGGACGGGGGCGAUGCGGGAUGGCCUUCCGCCGGUGCUGCAGGGGAGGAGUCGUGGGGGAGGAGUGCCCCCCAGGAGGAGCCCUGCUACGAGCCUGUAGGCGAAAAGACGUGGCCCCGGGGCCUGGCGCAAGAGUCAGACCCGGCCUACGCCACCAUCGACUCCCAUCGGAAACGGGAGAAGCUGGCCAGCAACACGCUGAAGCCUAGAAAGAAACCCGUCCAGGUUCCAGGCAGAGCCAUGACCUGCGAAAACUUUUACGAGACUAUCGGCGACGUGAAGCAGGGCGCAAACGCAGCGAGCACCACCACUAUUUUUACCUUUAACGACGGCAUGGAAAUGUACGUUACGGGGCUAUAAAAAAGCCUAACUUUAACCAUCAAAUUAAGCACCUACAGAGGGGGGAAAACAAACUGCAGCCUUCUGUCAAAUGAGAAGAUACACACUCUACAGCUGCCAAACACACGCCAACCUACACAACCACACAACCAAUGUAUAUUUAUUUUUACCAUAGGAGUCCACAAUCAGCUGCAACUCAUGCAAACAAAACAACACUGCAUUGGCUGAACCAGACCUGCAGCCGAGCUGUUUUUAGCUGACAGGCAUGGACACCCAAUCCAGGGAUCUAGACUGGUUUUUCCACCAUGCUACAGUUGGUAAUGAUAGUUUACUGCAGGGUUAAAAUCAAUAUGACUUUAAGACUCACUGUAGCACAGGGGAGUUUGCAUCUGAUUACAUACACGCCAGCCAAACGUCUGGAGUAAUUAAGAUUAAGAUUUUUAAUGUUUUAGUAAGAAAUUUCUCACUUAGACUGUAAUUAUUCGAUCAAAAAUACCAUAAAUUCAGUAAAACGGUUUAAUAUUACUACAAUUUAAAUAUCAGUUUUUUAAAUGGAUAUAUUUUAAUAUGUAAUGUAUUCCUGUGAUGCAAAGCUGAAUUUUCAGCAUGAU